AUGACAUCAGAGGAGAGUCAACAGACUGAGCAACAGAGGGAGUCCAUGGUCCAAGAGUUGGCAAUUUCAAAUAUCAAGUCUCCAAUGCUUUUCAGUCAAUACAAGAGCAAUGUGACACUGGAUCCCAAAGGCAUUGUGGCUCUUAACGAUAACACAUCAGCAUCAAUAUAUUAUAAUCACUGCCGUAUCACAUCGAUCAUUUCCAGUUACCAAGAGGCUGUUGGUGACAGGCAGGAUCAGCAACAACAGAAUACCUUUACACUGGAAGAUUACAAGUGUUUGAAUGAUAAGUCCGAGUGGAAGUUGUUUGCAUCAUUUGCACUUAAUAUCAAUUGCUUGCUUGAUGGAAUGAAUGUACCUGGUGCUAACGAUCCAACAGUCGAUAUUGUUCAAGACCGUCUUGCAACACAAUCAAUCUACGAGUUUAUCAACCUCUUUGUUCGCGAGUACAGCAGAUACUACACAAGAAAGAGAGUAUUGAGAAACAAACUGGACAAGUCUGUUAUUGUUAGGAUAGAGAUGCACAAAGUGUUGAGCUCCACUUUGACAACAUGCAUGGCACUCAUUGGAUUCCAACCAUCAUUCUCAAGAAUGUAG